AUGGCUCUAGCUAGAUUCAGCAAGAUCCUUCGCCUGCCCACUAUUGACAUAAAAAAGAAAGUCAAACAGUACGAGCACGUCCAUCGGGACAUCAAUCCGAACGAUUUAUGGGAAAUUGUCGGUGAACUGGGCGACGGCGCGUUUGGAAAGGUCUACAAGGCCAGGAACAAAGACACUGGAGUUCUGGCUGCAGCCAAAGUGAUCGAGACAAAAUGUGAAGAAGAGCUGGAGGAUUACAUGGUUGAGAUUGACAUCCUGGCUAAAUGUGACCACCGCUACAUCGUCAAGCUGCUUGAUGCAUUUUACCAUGACAACAAACUGUGGAUCAUGAUUGAGUUCUGCCCCGGAGGGGCAGUAGAUGCCACCAUGCUCGAGUUGGAUCGAGGACUGACGGAGCCUCAGAUUAAGGUGGUUUGUCGCCAGAUGUUGGAGGCUCUGGUUUACCUUCACAGCAUGAAGAUCAUCCACCGAGACCUGAAGGCUGGUAACAUCCUCCUCAUGCUGGAUGGAGACAUCAAACUUGCGGACUUUGGGGUGUCUGCAAAAAACACCAAAACCUUACAGAGACGGGAUUCUUUCAUUGGAACCCCAUACUGGAUGGCCCCGGAGGUGGUGAUGUGCGAGACCAUGAAGGACGCUCCGUACGACUACAAAGCCGACAUCUGGUCUCUGGGCAUCACUCUGAUCGAACUCGCGCAGAUCGAGCCCCCCCACCACGAGCUCAACCCCAUGAGGGUGCUGCUGAAGAUCGCCAAGUCGGAGCCCCCCACCCUGGAGCAGCAGCACAAAUGGUCUCUGGAGUUUAAAGAUUUCCUGAAGAAAGUUUUGGACAAAAAUCCAGAGAGUCGACCAACUGCAGCACAGCUCCUGGCGCACCCCUUUGUGAAAUCUGUGACAUCCAACCGUCCGCUGCGAGAGCUGGUGGCCGAGGCGAAGGCGGAGGUCAUGGAGGAAAUUGAAGACAAUAGAGAGGAAGGAGAGGAGGACGACGCCAUGGAGCUCACUGGGUCUCCAGGCAAGGAGCCGUGCCAGACGAGUCAGACCAGUCUGGAAGGAGACCAGUCCACGGACACUCCGAGCCCCACCACGCCCUCCCCGACCACGCCGAUGCCUCCAUCCGGGAGCGGGGCCGAGCGGGACGCGCCGACAGAGGAGCAGCCGGGCCCCGUCCUGGUGAUGCCGGUUCCCGUGCCACCACUGAACCCCCACUCGAAAGACUCGGAGGAAAUCGAGUCGGAGAAAUGUGGGAGCGAGGCCUCGACGAAGACCUCCAGCUCAGACUCUGGCAUCGAGGAUGGGAAGAGCACACCCACCAUGGAGGAGGAGAAGGUGGCUGAGAGAACCCUGGAGACAGAACGCCCGUCAUCUCUUUCACAAAACAAGGCUUCUGAGAAAGAAAGUGGCCUCAGAGUCAACGGAGAGCUGCCGGCUGCGAGCUCAAGUCCCAUCGUAACUCCUACCCCCAGUUCCACUCCAUCCCCCGCCCCCACCCCACUGACCAGACCUCGGUCCGGGUUACAUGACAACCUCACCAAAGGUACUCCGGAGCGGACAUCAAUGGGAGGAAACAUUGAGACAAUCCCGCCGUAUGUCAACGGCGGAACGAGCAACAAACGCAAUUCACUAGCAGGCAGCUUGAUGUCUGAGAGCAUGGACAUGUCGAUGAACAAGGAGAGCAUUUCGCUCUAUUCAAGGGACUUUUCAAGUAAGACUCUCAAGCGGACCAGAAGGUUUGUGAUCGACGGUGUGGAAGUGAGCGUUACCACCUCCAAGAUCAUCAGGGACGAUGAGAAGAAAGACGAGGAAAUGAGAUUCCUGAGACGUCAGGAGCUGCGUGAGCUGCGUUUGCUGCAGAAGGAAGAGCAGCGGGCUCAGGCCGCCCUCAACGCCAAACUGGAAACGCAAAGAGAGCAAAUGCAGAGACGCUGUGACCAGGAGAUGCACAACAAGAAGAAGCACUAUGACGGGGAGCUAGAAAACCUGGAGAAGCACCAGAAGCAGACCAUUGAGAAAAUGGAGUCGGAUCACAACAUUAAACUGAAGGACGAAACCAAACGCAUCAAGUCAGAACAGGAGCGGGAGUUCCACCGGUUUCAAGAGCUGCUCAAGAACAAGAAAAAAGAGGUAAAACACUCUGUAGAAAAACUGCCCAGAAGUCAACGGAAAGAAUCCUUGAAGGACAGAAUGAGCAGCUUCCAAGAAAUGAAAGCAAGAGAGGAGGAGAAGUUUUUGGCAGGUCAGAAGAAUCAGCUGGACUCAACCCUGCAGAGGAUCAUCGCCAACAACAAGAGGGAGAUAGCAGGGAUGGAGCGAAACUGCCUGGACAAGAAGCAGCAGCUGAUCCGAGAUCGUGAAGCUACACUCUGGGACAUGGAGGAGAAGAACCUCUAUGAGAGACACCAGCUGUUGAAGCAGCAGCUGAAAGAUCAGUACUUCCUCCAGAGGCAUCAACUGCUCAAGAAACACGAGAAGGAGCAAGAGCAGAUGCAGUGCUACAACCAGCGGAUGAUUGAGAUCCUGAAGGCGCGGCAGCAGCAAGAGAAGAGCCGGCUGCCCAAGAUUCAGCGCGGCGAGGCCAAGACCCGCAUGGCCAUGUUCAAGAAGAGCCUCCGCAUCAACUCCUCAGGCAGCUCCUCAGAGGACAGGGACAAGAUCAAACUGUUCUCUCAGCAGGAGGAGAAGCGGCAGAAAGCAGAGAGGCUCCACCAGCAGCAAAAACACGAGAACCAGAUGAGGGAGAUGAUUGGCCAGUGUGACAGCAACGUCAGAGAGCUCCAGCAGCUACAGAAUGAGAAAUGUCACCUGCUCAUCGAGAACGAGACUCAGAGGCUCAAGCAGCUGGACGAGCAGCACAACCAGCUGUUGAAGGAGUGGAGGGAUCAUUUGAAACCAAGGAAGAGGGCCCUCGAAGAUGAGCUCAACAUGAAGAAGAGGGAACAGGAGGCUUUCUUCAAGAUGACCGAGGCUUCCGAUUGCCCGAACCCCAGCUCUUCCAAUAAACUCUCCAAGUUCGUGCCUUACCAGGAACCCUUCAACACAUAAAAGCUCCGCGAUACUCUGUGCCCACUCGUCAGAACAAAAAGCUUCACAUCGGCGUGUGUUUACAUCACCUGCUGCCUCAAUUUUAACUUGUUCAACCAGCGACCGCAGAUAAUCUUUCCCUCCUUUCGGUUUCAUUAUUACCUUAGUUAAUAUAUUUAUGUUUUAAGUCAUAUUCUUUGAAAUGUUCUUUGAUAGUAUUUGAUCGCGCUUUAUAUCUGCUCCCAUACAGUGUUUUUAUUUCCAUCAUUUACUUAAAGCUACACUUUGAUGCUCACCAGUGCAACAUAAGAAUAAAUAGAUAUAGCAGCUUUUUUUUUUUUAUUUUAAUUUUGGGCGAGCUGGUACCAAAUGGGUUGUUUUAAAUAGUUGUAUUUUCUAAUUUCUAUGAUGGUAAGGAACGAAAGCUGUUGAGCCUGAGGCGAUUGUUGAUUCCAAAUGAUCAGUGGUGUCUUGUAAACAUCACACGCUCAGUUUUUGCUCUUUUCUUUGCCACGUUUUUCUCCGCCGUGCCAUUUGACACGAGCCACAUUUAAACACCAAAGUCUGCCAUUAUUUAUUUUGAAAAAAACCAUGAGUCCGAUUUCUUACUGUGCGUGUUAAUUUAAUUUCUGUCUUUAACCCAUGCUUUAAAACAUGUGCUUCUAAUUUUGUAUCUUUUUUUUUUUUUUAAUUUAGGGCUGAGGCUUACUGGAAAUCGAUGAUUCCUUUUAUAGAUUUAUUUAGUCAUUAAGCUUUAACAAACAAGGGAAGAAGAAUUGUUUUUUUUUAAUGAUGUUGCUGUCACUUUCUGUUGGACUUUUACUGUAAAAUCAGUCACACUGGAUGGGAACUGACCAAGCCAAAGUAUCAUACUGUCUGUGUGUUCUUUUUGAAUGGAUGUUAAUCGGGGAUUUGGAAAUCUGUAUUAAUUGUAUAAUUGUCGAACCAAGUGCAGUCAAAAAACUGCCUGCUAACCGAUGUGCAAUAUCACAUGUAUGUGUUUGCUAAGCUUAAAGAGGUAUAUUUUCUUAAACUUUGCCUUCCUUUUGCACUGAGGGGGGAAAUAAUAUGUAUAGUUAACCCCCCAAAAUAGAUUUAACAACCUUUUAGUGUCUAAUCUGGUUUUGGAAAACAGCUUUUCAUAUUAUUUCGAUGUGGCUGCAACAGUAUAAUCUGCUGUAAGAUGCCUGGAGCUGUUUAAGUUUGGCAGGUGAAGACCCUGUUGCCUUUAUAAGAGAUGGAACGUGUGCAUUAGAGCUUUUUGGCCUGCAGAUUUUACGCUGGAUCAGGUCCACAAUCAGGUACAGCUUAAUCUCUCUUGUCCUCUCGCACACUAUCUUGGAAGUAUUUAAAUUUGAUGUAUGAAAAUUUCUGUUUGAUGACUUCAUGUAUGUCUGCCUCAGUUUAUAUGAUGCUGUUUGACUGUCGGGGUUGUGAGUGUGAAUGAAAAUGUCAGACGGAACCACUGUUGGAAGAAAAUCUAAUAAAUUCUGAUUUUCUAAUUACUAA